AUGGAGAGAUCAUCUGUUGAAUCACAUCCAAUGAAAGGUGGAACUGGGCAGCACAGUUAUAUCCAGAAUUCAUCUCUUCAGGGAAUUGUGGACGAAGCUAAAGUGAAUUCCUUCAACAUGCCAUCGUACUUAACAUCGCCAAAACAAGUGAAAGAAUUAGUAGAGAGAACUGGGUGUUUCACAACAGAAAGAUUGGAGAGAUUGGAAACACUGUUUCCACCAGCAAGUGGUGCACAAGUACUUACUAACCAUAUGAGAGCUGCAAGUGAAGAAAUCUUCAAGCAACACUUCGGAUUCAGCGAUAAUGACUUGGACAAAUUGUUUGAUCUUUACUCCAACAGACUUGUUGAUCCUCUCACAAUGUUUACUAAAUCGGAAGACGAAUCUUUUCAAAUGUUUCUCGUUCUCAAACGCAAUAGCGUUGUUAUUGCACAAUAG